CUCAUCAACUUCAUUUCUUACACUUGCUUCCACUUUAGCUUUCAUUUUGCAGCAUGGCUUCAAGGGAUAGAAUUAAUGUGGAUGUGGAGGUGAAGUCCAAUGCAGAUAAGAUGUGGGAAAGCCUCAAGGACUCUGCCGUCCUCUUCCCCAAGGCCUUGCCUGAUCUGUACAAGAGCAUCCAAGUUCUCGAAGGUGAUGGCAAGUCUGUUGGCUCUGUUCAUUUCAAAAAUUUUCGAGGGCUACCUCUAACCACGGUGUUAAAGGAGAAGAUAGAUUCAAUAGACGAAGAUAACAAGACACUAUGUUAUAGCAUAAUCGAGGUGGAGGAGUCCAGCUACUACAAGAAUUUCAAGGCCCAAGUGAAGGUGGUUGAGAAGGGGGAGGGGAGCUUGGUGAAGUGGGAGUGUGAGUUUGAGAAGGCAAGUGAGGUUGCAGCUGAUCAUCAUCCAGCCCUCUAUUACAAAGACUUUGCAGUGAAAAACUUCAAACAGUUGGAUGACUAUUUGCUCAAGGCAUAGACAUAUAUGGAAGAGAUUAACACAAAAAUCAAUUUCUCCUUAAAUAGUUAUCAUGGUCCAAUCUAGCUAGCUAGUCAACAGUGAGCCGCAUUACUAAUGUGGUGUAUAGUAACCUGUAGUGUAUAUGCUUUGUGAGCCAAGUUAAUAAGUUAUGGUUAGCACAAUGCAUUAAUAAAAUAUCAUUUCAGUGGUCGAUGCACCAUGGAAUGAUGUGAGUAAUAACAAAUAGUACUUUGAUGGAAGUAGUAUUCCACUGGUUAUUUAAAGCAA